AUGGAAAAUUGUUACCUCUACCCAGAUUUCUUUAUAGGACCUUUCCCAGAUUCCCUAAGUUUUUUUAGAAUGAAUUAUUGUACAGGUUUGGAAAGGCAAUUUGAUAAACCUAUUUACCCCAAAAUAAAAACUCUCGAUUUUACUUUUAAAGAUAGCAUUAAUUUGAUUAUAAAUCUUUCAAACAUUAGAACUUUAACAGGUUCAUUUAAUCUUUAUUUUAUUAAUAAUGCUUUACGAGAAGCAAGCACGUUAAAAUUAAACAAUGACCUUACACCAGAAACUAAAAUGACAUUAUCAUUUAUGCAUUUUAGUUCAAAUUAUAUACCCAAUUUAUCAAAUGUUAAAAUUCCAAUACAGUUAAUUUUAUAUUUAACAGGUCAACCAAUUGGUAUUGAAAGCAUUAGUACAUUUAUAGAAAUCAACCAGUUAAUUAUUUAUAGUUAUUUUACAGAGGAAAUAGAGUUUCCUCCAUUUCAAACUCUUUUCCCAUUGAAAAAGUUUGAUUUGUAUAUUUCUACUGUAGGUUAUUUUAAAAAGCCAACAAAUUAUAUUGAUUUAUCAAAUUCAAAAAUCGGUUCUUUAAAGAUAGUAAAUGCUGGAUUAGAUUUUAAUAUUGAUGGUAAUGUUCCAUUUAUUUUUCCAAAAGAAAUAGUUGAGUUUGAUGUUAGCUAUGGAUCUUUUUCAAACAUUCCAUCUUUCAAAGGUUUCGAUAUAAAGUUUUUAUCUCUAAGAAAGUGCAAUUUGAACUUAAAUUUUUCAAAUUUUAAACGAGACUAUUUCCCACCCUCUCUUCUUCAUUUAAGUCUACCAGAUAAUCAACUUUUUGGAACUAUCGAUCAAAGUUUUUGUUCACUAUCAUUAUUGGUUCUUCAAGAUAAUAGUUUAUCAGGGGCUUUGCCAUCCUGUGUAUCAUGUUUUUACCAAAGCUAUCCAUUAAUUCAAGAAUUGUUUAAAGGUACCAAUAAUAAAUUUGACCCAGUUGGACCAUGUACAACUAUUGUUCCAAAAAUAAGAAUAGAGAAUAGUUAUUGUAGAGUUUAUGGCCAAGAUGUUGGCUAUUCUAGUACACAGGUUAUUCUUUCAUCAAAAGGAUUUACAAACGUUAUUGGAUAUUUUAAUGGUUUAGAAUAUUACUUUACUUUAGGCAGCGAAUAUAAUAGUGUAACAUUAUGGAAUUUAACAUUUCCAACAAUACCACCUCAAACAUUUACUUUAUCAACUGAUAAUUCCCCACCAAAUAUUGUAUUGGUAAAGCCAUCCCUUUCAAAUACAUUUGUUUUUGAAGGAGAUCACUUUUCUUAUAAUAAAAGUGAAGUAGAAAUAACAAUCGAUGGUAAAAAAUGUGAAGUUGUUUCGUCCACUUACUAUAGUAUAUCUUGUACAAUCAACUCUUUAGACCUUUCGAAAAGAAGAGUUUUAACAUAUGUCAAAAUAGAUCAAAUGCAAACUCAAUUAACAAUUUUGGAUUUAACUAAAGAGAAUUCAAUUUCUUAUUGCCCAAAUGAUUGUGGUUCUGGAUAUUGUUUCUCGGAUAUUGGUGAAUGUGCCUGCUUGUUGGAUUGCCAAAAUGGGGGUCAAUGUAAUUCAAAUACACAGGAGUGUAUCUGCACAGGUAAAUGGACUGGUGAUUCAUGUACAAUUCCACUUCAUUAUGUUAGUGCCGUAUCUCCAAGUUCUACAUCAGGUGGAGAGGCCAAAAUUUACGGAUCUUUUGGUAGUUUACAUCAAUAUCUUUCAGUAUAUAUCGGAAAUAAGAAUUGCACACCAAUUACUUCUGUUUCAAGUGAUCUUAUUAUAUGUAAUGCACCAGAGGGUGAAGGCGUCAAGGAUUUAAAUGUUACACAAAACUUUAAUUCUUUUAUUGGAAAGAAUAUGUACAGCUAUAUAAGUCCAGUUAUCAAGUGUCCAAAUAAUUGCACAUCAACAAAUAAUGGUAAUUGUAAUACUAGCAAUGGUGAAUGUAAAUGUAAAGUUGGUUAUUCGGGCUUCGAUUGCAGUGCAUUAAAAAAUAACGAUGAAAAAAAUGGAACAAGCAGUGGGGAGAAUACAAACAACCAAAAUAAAGAAACUGUACCGGUAUCUACGACAACCAUUGAUAAAGAAUCAGCAAUUACAAAAAUUACAAAUCAAGAAACCUUUUAUGAAAUUUCAAUUACAGAGUUGCACGAAAUCUCAAUAGAUGGUGCAUCUAUCAAUAAAUUUGAUUUAGUUAAAAAAUGGGACAUAACAGCCAAUGACGAUUCAAAGAGUUUUGUUUUUAAACAACAAUUAGAAAAUUCAACAUCAACUAUAACUUAUGUAAUUCAAGAGAUUGAAGAGACCACUCAAUUCACUUUUGCAGACAUCCCAUUUACUCUCGAAAGGGGUUCCACCAAAAUAUCAGUUAUCAUUGAAAACUUUCCAUUCACAAGUUCACUUAGUACUUUGGCCCUUUAUUUUAACACAAAAGCAACUCAAGGACAAGAGGAUCUAAAGAAUGAAUGUAAUAAAAAGGAAACUGAAAUCGAUACAUCUAAUGUAAGCGAUAAUUUGAUGCUAAACUCUUAUGUUAGUAUUGCUAAAAACUCUAAGGUUUUAUAUGGAAGAAUAAUAAAUCGUGCUAUUUCAGACGAGAAAGCAACAUUUAUCUCAUCAUCGAUUAUAACAAACAGUUCGGAUUCCUUGGUACUUUCCCUCAAUUUACCUCAUUGCAACAAUAGAUGUGAAAUCGAUCCAGACUUUUCAGUAUUGGUAUCACCAGGAUUUAAGCAAUGUAAAAACCAAAAUGGCAAAUCUUGGGUUAUACCAGUAGCUGUUGUAAUACCAUGUGUUUUUGUUGUUGCUAUUGUUAUCGUUGGUGCUCUACUUAUCAAAAAAAAUCGUACAAAUGUUAUGGUUAUUAAAAAAAAAUUUAAAAACAAAUUUAAACCAACAAAAAAACAAGAUUUAUAUAUGCCUAGCGAGGCUGAGUUAAAAAAAGUUUAA